AUGGCUUUCGUAGUUGCCAUCGUCUACAAAGGACGGGCUAUUCUCAUCGAGCAGCCGAUCGUGCCCAGUGAGCUUGCCAAGUCCGCUGCGAGGCACUUCGGCCUCACGAAGAAGCAGAUGCGAGGCUUGGAGAUUAAACAGAGCAAAGACUGCUUCACUACCUGGAGCAACACCUACUACGACUCUCGAGAGAAUCGCAAUUUUCCUCGAGAGAUAAGCUCCGAUGUAUACAUGACAUGCGGUAGCACCGGCAACAUCUUCUGGAUUGGAGACUACGGCAAAGGAGAGAUCUUCACGAUUGAGAUCUCGGACGAUAAGCCGAUGUAUCUGAAGAAGAGCAUCGAGGAGGAGGCUGGUGACAACUUUCAGGUCACCGACGGUCUCGAGCGCUAA